AUGGAACCUCCGCGUAAACUCCACGUCGGGGUUGUUGGCCUCGGUCGUAUGGGCAAGCGUCAUGCACUCAACUUCUUUCAUAAUGUCCCCCGAGCCAUUCUUACUGCCGUAUGCUCAAUAGACGACGUCGAACGCGAGUGGGCAACCCAUACUCUCGCUCCAAGCGGUGUGGCCGUUUACGAAAACUACGAUGACAUGCUGAGACAUCCUGGUAUGGACGCUGUUUGCAUCUCCACCACGACAUCUGUGCAUGCACCCCAGACCAUUGCUGCCAUUGCUGCCGGCAAACACGUACUCUGUGAGAAGCCACUCGCAACGAGUACCGACGUGUCUCAAACCGUCGUUGACGCUGCCACGCGACGGCCUGACCUUAAAGUUAUGUGCGGCUUCUCUCGUCGCUUCGAUGCGAGCUACCGCGAUGCAUAUGCCAAGGUGCGGUCCGGCAUCAUUGGCAAAGCGUGCGUGAUGCGGUGCCAAACAGGCGACGUCCUAGACCCGACGGGUUUCUUCGUCAAUUAUGCUGCGCAGAGCGGGGGCAUCUUCGUGGACUGCGCGAUCCACGAUGUCGAUCUAGCUCUGUGGUUCUUUGAGGGCGCAAAGGUCCGUUCAGUAUCUGCCAUAGGAAUCACGGCCAUUGAGCCUGAUCUACUCCAGUACAAUGACCGCGACAAUGUCAUGGGCAUGAUUGAGUUUGAAGAUGGUCGCAUUGCAAGUGUUUACACGUCGAGAAUGAUGAUUGCUGGCCAAGAGGAUAGUACCGAGAUUAUUGGCACAGAGGGCAAGCUAACCAUCAACAUGAUCCCUGUUGCAAAUCAUGUUCAGAUCUAUAAGCCAGGCGGAAUCCAUCAUGAGCUUCCACAGAACUACUGGGAACGUUUCCACCAAGCUUUUACUACUGAGGCAGUCGAGUUUACCGACUGCUGUCUCGAUGACACCCAAGUGCCGGUCGAACUAGCCUCAGCCGUGGCUGCCGUCGAGAUUGCCUCUGCACUGCAGGAGGCCAUGAUCACUGGCAACAAGGUAGUUUUUGAUGAUAAAGGGAGAAGAAUCUCGUCAUCGAGUGGCCAAGCGCAGCGACGUACCAAAUUAUAA